AUGCGUCCUUUCUUCGUUCUCCUCGUUCUCUGGCGGCUGACCGUUGCGGACCUUUCUGUUUCUCGGCCUUCCGCAGGCGCGAAGUUCUCAGGCAGCUCGGGCGCCGCGUCAGUUGAGGUGGAGUGGAUCGAGGCCGGCGGUGCUCCGGCGCUGUCGUCUGUCUCCGAGUUUACGUUUGUUCUCUGCUCGGGUCCCAACUCCGACAUACAGGCCGUCACCAAGAUCUCAACCGUGCAGGCCUCCAGCGUGGCCGCGGGCAAGCACAAACUCUCGAUAGACCGCGCGUUGGUCUCCAACGGCAUGUACUUUGUCCAAGUGGUGGCGGUCUCUCCGGAGUACGUCACAAUUCACUAUUCCAAUAGGUUUACGCUGGAGGGCAUGCAAGGCCGGAACCGAGCGCUCUCGGUCACCGACUCCAGGCCCCCUGCCGCAGAGAUCAUAAGGGUCGGAGGCGAAAAUCCACCACCGCCAAUCAACUCGGCGUCCUUUUCAAUCACCUAUGUUUCGCAGACGGGCUCCUGGCGUUUCGCGCCCAUGCAAUCCCAGCCGCGCGCGACUAUCACCGCCACAACCUGGACUCGGCAACACCCGACCAGCGCGUGCACUUAUUUCGCUAGCGACCCGCCACAGCCUAAAUGGUAUACUACUGUCACGCCCGGCUGGGACUACACCCUCCAAAUUCGGUAUAACGACGCUCACCCGGCACCACAUCCAGAGAACAACGGCGGCUGGUACAACGCGGAAAAUAGAAAAACACUAAGCGCGAGGAAAAUAAAUCACCCCUUGGGGUGA